AUGUCCUUCACUCUAGAAACCAUCCCCGCCCUCCAAAUCACCGACCCCAUACUCACCCAAUGCGCCACUCUCUUCUCCACUGCAUACGGCAUCUGGGGCCCUCACGCCGAACAAAAAAUAGGCAAACACUGUAAACACGGCAAGCAAAUUAGACUAUCUGUCGAGCGUCCCCACAUGCAUGGCGAUGAGCUUGCUGGGUAUGCGUUUGCGACGCGCUGGAUGUAUGAGGUUCGAGGGAUUUGUUGGGUUACGCAGCUUUGUGUGAGGGUUGAGUAUCGGAGGAAGGGGCUUGCGACGGAGUUGCUAAGUCGUCUGUGUGAGGAUGAGGACUACGCUUUUGGCAUUUUGUCGUCGCAUCUAGCUGCUAUUAUGGCAGGGCUGCGUGCCUGGGGCAAGGGAAUCGAGAGUGUCGAUAUGAAUUUGGUAAAGGAGUGCGGUGCUGGUAUUAUGGCUGCGUCGCCAGUCCAGUAUGUUAGAGAAGCUAAGCUCAGGGGUAGUUUAUUUGGCAGUGUAGACGAUGGCACAGUGUGUUGUGCGGCUACAUUGACUGAAGUUAUGGAGAGAGGUGAAUGGCCGUUUGGAGAGCUCCCUGAAGGAUGCGAGUUUUUGGCUCUGAUUCAAGGUGUCUGA